AUGCCCGCGGGCCUCUCGGAGCCGGCCGGCGCCGCCCCGAGCGCCGUGAUGGGCGCCCCGGGGACCGAGGCCAUGGCCCCAGCCGGGGCGCUGCCGGUCCGGGUGGACAGCACCUCGGUGACCCUGGGCGCCGUGACCCAGGUGGAGUCCGUGGCGUCCCAGCCCCUGCGGUCCCCCCUGGGGACGCUAGUGACCAAAGUGGCUCCUGUCAGUGCCCUUCCUAAACUGAGCGGCGGGCCGCGGCUGCCGGCUCCUCAGAUUGUCACCGUGAAAGCCCCGAACACCACGACCAUCCAGUUGCCGGCUAGUGUGCAGCUUCCUCCAGGAACAGUUUUGAUCAAAAGUAAUAGUGGUCAGUUGAUGCUGGUGUCUCCUCAGCAAGCUGUAACAAGAGCCGACACCACAAACAACAUAACUUCAAGGCCAGCAGUAGCAGUACAUACUCAAACAGUCAAAAUCUGUACAAUGCCGAAUUCUAGCUCACAGUUAGUCAAGAAAGUGGCAGUGGCACCUGUUAAAAAAUUGGCACAGAUAGGAACUACUGUGGCAACCACUGUUCCAAAUCCUUCCUCAAUACAAUCUGUGGCUGUGCCUACCAAUGUGGUCACCGUUACUCCUGCCAAAGUGGUGAGUACUGUGACUACCCUGAAGCCAUCAAGUUUGGGAGCAUCAUCUACCCCCUCAAGUGAGCCCACUCUCAAAGCAGAGAACUCAGCAGCUGCUCUGAUUAAUCUCUCUCCAACAAUGGCAGAAAAUGUGAAGAAAUGUAAAAACUUCCUUGCAAUGUUAAUAAAACUAGCAUGUAGUGGAUCUCAGUCUCCAGAAAUGGGUCAGAAUGUGAAAAUGCUGGUGGAACAACUUUUGGAUGCAAAAAUUGAAGCAGAAGAAUUUACUAGGAAACUGUAUAUUGAACUGAAGUCUUCACCUCAGCCUCACCUAGUUCCUUUUCUUAAGAAAAGUGUGGUUGCCUUACGACAGCUUCUGCCUAACUCCCAGAGCUUCAUUGAUCAGUGUGUUCAGCAAACUUCUGGCGAGGUAGUCAUUACCACCUGUACGACAACAGCAGGAACUUCUCCUUUGGUGACAACUACAGUUUCUUCCUCAGUCCAGUCUGAAAAACCUAUCAUUGUUUCUGGAGUAACAGCACCCAGAACUGUGCCUGUACAAACUCUGAAUCCACUUGCUGGUCCAGGGGUAGCAAAAACUGGAGUUGUGACAGUACAUUCUGUGGGUCCAGCUGCUGUAGCAGGAGGAACAACAGCUGGAACUGUUUUGCUUCAGACUUCAAAACCACUUGUGACAUCUGUACCAAACACAGUAACAGCAGUCUCACUUCAGCCUGAGAAUCCAGUUGUGUCCAGAGCCACAGUAACACUGGCCCUUCCAUCUGUGACUUUUGGAGAAACUUCAUCUGCUGCGUUUUGUCUUCCACCUGUGAAACCUGUUGUUACUUCUGCUGGGACCAUACCUGACAAGCCUGUCAUUGGCGCUCCAGUCCAAAUCAAACUUGCCCCACCAGGUCCCCUCCUUUCGCAACCUUCUGGCAUUCCACAGACAGUUAAAGUCAAGCAACUAGUAGUUCAGCAGCCUUCGGGAGACAUUCCAAAACAAGUGACUGCAAUUUCCCAUCCCUCAGCAUUGACCAUUCAGAAAUCUGGACAGAAGAUGCCAGUGAACACUGUAAUACCUACUACUUCCAUUCUAAAGCACAUUACUCUGCCUGGAAAUAAAAUUCUGUCGCUUCCAGCAUCUACUAUUCAAAAAAAUAAAAUAAAAGAGAAUGGAACAGCAUGCUUCAGAGAUGAAGAUGACAUCAAUGAUGUGACUUCCAUGGCAGGAGUCAACCUCAAUGAAGAAAAUGCCUGCAUCUUAGCAACAAAUUCUGAAUUGGUUGGCACACUUAUUCAGUCAUGUAAAGAUGAACCAUUUCUUUUCAUUGGAGCUUUACAAAAGAGAAUUUUAGACAUUGGUAAAAAGCAUGACAUUACAGAACUUAACUCUGAUGCUGUGAACCUGAUCUCCCAUGCAACACAGGAGAGAUUACGAGGCCUUCUAGAAAAACUGACUACAGUUGCUCAGCAUCGAAUGACUACUUACAAGGCAAGUGAAAAUUACAUCUUGUCUAGUGAUACCAGGUCACAGCUCAAGUUUCUUGAAAAGCUGGAUCAGUUGGAGAAACAGAGAAAGGAUUUAGAAGAAAGAGAAAUGUUAUUUAAGGCAGCCAAGAGUCGUUCUAAUAAAGAAGAUCCAGAACAGCUGAGAUUAAAGCAGAAAGCCAAAGAGUUACAGCAGUUUGGAGCUUGGCCAGAUACAGCAACAGAGAUGCUAAUCUCACAGCUCUUGCAGCUAUUGGACCAAGGAAGAAGAAGACCACUAGAAUCUGGAAGUGAG